AUACAUAAUAAAAAUUGUGCUAGUUAUACAGAACCUCAUAUAAUAUCACAAAAUAGGCCAUGGAAAGUAUUAUUUUUUGGUACAGAUGAAUUUGCAGUAGAAAGUUUAAAAACGUUGCAUAAAAAAUAUGAUUCAAAAGUUUUGCAGCGACUAGAGGUUGUUACUACAGAUAAAAAAAAGGAAACUCCUGUUAUGAAAUAUGCAAAACAAAAUAAACUUAUAGUACAUAAAUGGCCAAUUGAAAUUAAUGUAUCUGAGUUUCAUAUUGGAAUACUUGUCUCAUUUGGACAUUUAAUUCCAUCUAAAAUCAUAAAUGCAUUUCCUUUAGGUAUAUUAAAUGUGCAUGGCAGUUUAUUACCUAGAUGGAGAGGAGCAGCACCAAUAAUUCAUACAUUAAUAAGUGGAGAUUCACAAACUGGCAUUACAAUAAUGAAAAUAAAACCAAAAAAGUUUGAUAUAGGAGAAAUAGUAUUGCAAAAGCAAAUAGAUAUUGAUGAACAUGAAACAUUACCAGAAUUGCACAUGAAAUUAGCAAAACUUGGAGCAAAUCUUUUAGGAGAAACAUUUGAGAACUUGUUAGAAUUAUUACAAUCUGCAAAACCUCAAAAUGAAACAAAUGUAACAUAUGCACCAAAAGUAACAUCAAAAUCAUCUUUAAUUAAUUGGAAUGAAAUGUCUGCAACAAUUAUUUAUAAUUUAUACCGUGCUCUUCUGGGAUUAUAUCCUUUAACUACAACAUGCCAAAAUGCAAAAAUUAAAUUAUUUGAUAUUCAGAAAUUUGAACCAGCUUCAAUUGGUACAAAAUUUGAAGGAGAAAUACCAGAAUUAUAG